UUUAGUAUGUUUUAUGACGCCAGGUGAGAUGAAUCUCCGAUCGGAUAAGCCCAACAAAAUAAAACAAUAAAAUAAAAAAACAAAUAAAUAAAAUUUGGCAACGACUAAUAUAAACUAAUUCCAGUGUCCGAAACGGACCCCUCUGCCCUCCGUGACUCGUUUUCUGAAAAGUAGGGAGAGAAAGGUGCAAAAGCAGGGCGUGGGGGAUCAGCGGUGGAGGCUCUGGCUGUGGAUCUACUUGAAACCCGUUCCCCUUUCACCGCUAUUUCUGUCCGAUCGCGAUUUCCCCUUCCUAACCCUAAUUUUCAUCUUCAGGACUCUGUUUCACCUUCUGCAAUUUUUCUGCGGUAUUUGCAGGUCCCUGGUUCAAGCGUCAUGGCUUCCAAGCGUAUUUUGAAGGAACUUAAGGAUUUGCAGAAAGAUCCACCUACUUCUUGCAGUGCAGGUCCUGUAGCUGAAGACAUGUUUCACUGGCAAGCAACAAUCAUGGGACCAUCUGAUAGCCCAUAUGCGGGGGGUGUAUUUCUAGUUACUAUCCAUUUUCCUCCUGAUUAUCCAUUCAAGCCUCCAAAGGUUGCGUUUAGGACCAAGGUAUUUCACGCAAACAUAAACAGCAAUGGGAGCAUUUGUCUCGAUAUCCUCAAAGAACAAUGGAGCCCUGCUCUUACCAUUUCUAAGGUACUGCUCUCCAUUUGCUCAUUGCUGACUGAUCCAAAUCCUGACGACCCUCUCGUACCAGAGAUUGCCCAUAUGUACAAGACUGAUCGAGCCAAAUAUGAAGCAACUGCACGCAGCUGGACACAGAAGUAUGCCAUGGGAUGAUGUAUAAAUGGGUUAUAUGUCUAUUUGUGAAACUUGUUGAAUCCAUUUUAACUUUUGGACUUGGUUUAAGAGAGGGCGUUGGGGGGUGUUGGGGAAUGAUCUUGUGUUCUUCAGCGGAAAUUGUAGUUUGGGGACUGGCUGGAAAAAUAACUGUAUGGCGGGUAUGUUUUGAUGUAGACAAUGUUGUUUGAAGCUUUUACUUUGUGGUGUUAAAGCUCUUCUUUCGCUUCGAA